AUCACGGGGUUCACUUAGGUGCGCGCAAAGACUUCGGCAUCGAUCGUGUGUGAUCUCGUCGAUUUCGCGUGUUUCGUGCAUCGAAUUUUCAUUUUUUUUCGUGUUGUUAAAAAUUUCGCAAUCCUGUCGAGAUCUCUCAAAAUGGUAAAGAUGGAGCAUGACGAUGGUAAAAACGAACCAGAACAUGUGAGAAAGUUAUUCAUUGGUGGCUUAGAUUACAGAACUACAGAUGAUUCACUUAAGAAACAUUUUGAACAAUGGGGGGAGAUUGUGGAUGUUGUUGUGAUGAAAGAUCCUAAAACAAAACGGUCCAGAGGUUUUGGGUUCAUCACAUAUUCUCGUGCUCAUAUGGUAGAUGAUGCGCAAAAUGCUAGACCGCACAGAGUGGAUGGUAGAGUAGUAGAGCCUAAAAGAGCAGUACCCCGACAAGAAAUUGGUCGACCCGAAGCUGGAGCUACGGUAAAGAAGCUAUUUGUGGGAGGCUUGAAGGAUGAUCAUGAAGAAGAAGACCUCAGACAAUAUUUUCAAAGUUACGGUAGCAUAAAUUCUAUCAGUAUAGUAACUGACAAGGAAACUGGCAAGAAACGUGGCUUUGGCUUUGUCGAAUUCGAUGAUUAUGAUCCUGUUGACAAGAUUUGUCUACAACGUAAUCAUCAAAUACGAGGCAAGCACGUAGAUGUUAAAAAGGCUUUAAGUAGGGCUGAAAUGGCAUCUGCUUCCGGUGGCGGUGGUGGCGGUGGAGGCGGCAAUCGUGGUGGACAAGGUGUAGGUAGAGGACCACGUGGGAGCAAUCAAGGUGGCGGUAAUUGGGGUGGACGCGGCAGUGGCGGUGGCGGUGGUGAUUGGAAUAACGGCGGCAAUCAAGGUGGUUACGGUGGUGGUAAUCAAGGAGGUUGGGGAGGUAAUGGACCGUGGGAGAAUCAAAAUCAAGGUAAAGGAGGUGGAUGGAACCAGGGAGGACAAGGCGGCUACAACAGUGGUGGGAACUGGAGCAACGAUAACUUUGGCGGUGGCUAUCAGCAAGGUUACGGUGGCGGUCCAGUGCGCAAUAACUUCAACUCAGGCGGCAGACCAGCACCCUACGGUAUUAAUUCGGGUCCUAGCGGCCGACAGUCCGGUGAUUCUAGAUGGCUGCCGCCUUUCGGUGGACAAGGGCCUAUGGGCGGCGGAAAUUCAGGUGGCGGUGGCGGUGGCGGUUACGGUAACCAAGGCGGCUACGGCGGCAAUUCACUCGGAGGUGGAAACAUGGGCGGAGGUGGAGGAGGAGGAGGCGGUGGCAGCGGAAGGAGAUACUAGAAGCGCCACACCCUUCUCCCAUAUGAGAGCGACGUGCUUCUACCACCGACUUUCCAAGGUAGCCCUCUAGCCGAGGUAAGUAACAAUCCAUUUCCUUGGCUGACAAUAAGCUCUACCAAGUACUUGGAAAGUAUGAUGAGAAUUAUUUUGUCAUUUGAAAAAAAUUCUCAAAAAAAAAUUUUUAAUAAAUAAGACCGUCAAAAAUAUCUUACACUCCUAAAGAUCGAGAAAUUUUUAAUAACAUAUUUUUGAGAAUCGACAGGUCAUAAAAUUAUAAAAUUCAGGGAUUCGACGAUUGAAGAUAAAACUUAAAAGAUAUAACUUGAAAGUUCCGAGAAGAUUGAGACGACCAAACAUUUUGGAAUCAAAAAUACGAUAAUGAAGGUUUUUAUAAUCAUAUAAUCAAGAAUCUGAAUUUUUAGAUUAAGAAAACAGAGUUUUCAAGAUUUUACCUUGCAUAAAAAAUAAUACAUUUUUUCUCAUGGAAAUUGAAAUAUGGAAAAAUAUUCUUAAUAUUAAAUUCUCAGAUUUUCAUUAGCAAAUGCAGAGAAGGAUCAAAAGCUCAGGUUUGAAGGCAUCUUGAAAGUCUCAGUGGCUUUUUGGAUCAGGUGAAAUUCUGGAAUCUAAUUUUUUCAGAGUCUGGAAGUUCUUACAUUUGCAGAUUUAAUGUACUAAGAGCUGAAAGACUUGUGAACAGACCAAGAUUGUAGAGAUCCUAGAGAUCAAGAUCUUGGAUGUAUUGUCCGAUAUUUAUAGAUUGUAACUAUUUUUACACGUUUAAUAAAUUUUCUUUUCUAGACUA